CGCCCUGCGGGGGAGCAGGGGUUCUCGGCGCCGCCGCCGGCAGGCCCCGCUAGCUAGAAUGUAAUUUCCGAUUGGACAAGUCCACUGGUUGUCACGAGUCACGUGGGUUCUGUAUUGGUUCAUGACAGCUGGAGGACUACAAUGUCAGGUGGAGAACAAGAGAUGAGCAGCUACUAUGUAGGUGUCGAUGUUGGAACAGGAAGCGUCCGUGCAGCCCUAGUGGACCAGAGAGGGGUUCUUGUGGCUUUCGCAGACCAGCCAAUUAAGAAGUGGGAGCCUCAAUUCAACCACCAUGAGCAGUCCUCUGAAGACAUCUGGGCUGCAUGCUGUGUUGUCACAAAGAAAGUUAUACAAGGAAUGGACUUAAACCGAAUUCGUGGACUUGGGUUUGAUGCCACAUGUUCCCUGGUUGUCUUGGAUACACACUUUUGUCCUUUACCAGUAAAUAAUGAAGGGGAUUCUCAUCGAAAUGUCAUCAUGUGGCUGGACCACCGAGCAGUCAAUCAGGUUGGCAGGAUCAACAAGACAAAACAUAGUGUCCUCAAGUAUGUGGGGGGUGUGAUGUCUGUGGAAAUGCAGGCCCCCAAACUCCUGUGGUUGAAAGAGAACUUAAGAGAGACUUGCUGGGAUAAGGCGGGACAUUUCUUUGAUCUCCCAGACUUCUUAUCGUGGAAGGCAACAGGUGUCACAGCACGGUCUCUCUGCUCCCUGGUGUGUAAAUGGACAUAUUCAGCAGAUAAAGGCUGGGAUGACAGUUUCUGGAAGAUGGUUGGUUUGGAAGACUUGGUUGCUGAUAAUUACAGCAAAAUAGGAAACCAAGUGCUGCCUCCUGGAGCGCCUCUGGGCAGUGGGCUCACGCCUGAGGCAGCCAGAGAGCUUGGCCUUCCCCCCGGGAUUGCUGUGGCCACUUCACUCAUUGAUGCCCAUGCCGGAGGACUAGGAGUGAUUGGAGCAGAUGUGAGAGGUCAUGGCCUGGUCUGUGAAGGACAGCCAGUGACGUCCCGGCUGGCUGUCAUCUGUGGAACGUCUUCUUGUCACAUGGGGAUCAGCAAAGACCCAAUUUUUGUGCCAGGCGUCUGGGGACCUUAUUUCUCAGCCAUGGUUCCUGGGUUUUGGCUGAAUGAAGGUGGUCAGAGUGUUACUGGAAAACUGAUAGAACACAUGGUGCAGGGCCACGCUGCCUUUCCUGAACUACAAGCCAAGGCCUCGGCCAGAUGCCAGAGUAUAUAUGCAUAUUUGAACAGUCACCUGGAUCUGAUUAAGAAGGCUCAGCCUGUGGGUUUCCUCACUGUUGAUUUACAUGUUUGGCCAGAUUUCCAUGGAAACCGCUCUCCCUUAGCAGAUCUGACACUAAAGGGCAUGGUCACUGGAUUAAAACUGUCUCAGGACCUUGACGAUCUUGCCAUCCUCUACCUGGCCACAGUUCAGGCCAUCGCUUUUGGAACCCGCUUCAUCAUAGAGGCUAUGGAAGCAGCAGGUCACUCUCUCAGUACUCUUUUCUUGUGUGGAGGUCUGAGCAAGAAUCCCCUUUUUGUUCAGAUGCAUGCAGACAUUACUGGCAUGCCUGUGGUCCUGUCACAAGAGGUGGAAUCGGUCCUUGUGGGUGCUGCUAUUCUGGGUGCUUGUGCCUCUGGGGAUUUCACUUCUGUACAGGAGGCAAUGUCAGAAAUGAGCAAAGUUGGGAAAGUUGUGUUUCCAAGACAUGAAGAUAAAAAAUAUUAUGACAAGAAAUAUCAAGUAUUCCUGAAGCUGGUUGAACACCAGAAGGAGUAUUCAGCAAUCAUGAGUGGAGACUGAACAGGGCUUGCAAGUGCAGAGGCCAGAAGUUCUGUGUCACUGCCUUAGGGGCUUCUGUCUUUCCCUUUUAUAUUCUUGAUGCAGAAAGGUAUUAUUUUAUCAUUUCUGUAUUGUCUUCUAAUAAUAAAAAUAAUGACAUGCACAA